GCGGCGCGGCCGGAGCGCACGGCGGGAGCGCAGCGGAGCGGCCGGGCCGCCCUGCCGAGGAGGGAGCAGCGGGAGCUCACCAUGGCCCUGGCAGAGCCCGCGAGCUGUGCCAAAGGCGGCGAGGAGAGCAGCCCCUUCCCCGAGAUCAUCGAGCUGAACGUGGGCGGGCAGGUGUACAUCACCCGGCUGCCCACGCUGCUCAGCGUGCCCGGCUCGCGCCUCUGGCAGAUGUUCACGCAGCAGAGCACGCGCUCGCUGGCCCGCGACAGCAAGGGCCGCUUCUUCGUGGACCGGGACGGGUUCCUGUUCCGCUACAUCCUGGAUUACAUGAGGGACCAGCAGCUGGUGCUGCCCGAGCACUUCCCGGAGCGCGGCCGCCUGCAGCGCGAGGCCGAGUACUUCAUGCUGCCCGAGCUGGUGAAGCUGCUGGUGCCCAAGCUCAGCGAGCAGAACUCGCUGGGGGACGAUCCGUGCCAGAGCGACCCCGAGGAGCCGUCCCCGGGCGCGGACGCCGCGCGCAGCCUGGGCUCGGCCGCUGCCGCCGCUCUGCCCAGCGCGGGCACCGAGGGCCGCAGGGCGGGGUUCAUCACCAUCGGCUACCGCGGCUCCUACACGCUGGGCAGGGACAGCCAGACGGACGCCAAGUUCCGCAGGGUGGCCCGGAUCAUGGUGUGCGGCAAGACCUCGCUGGCCAAGGAGGUCUUUGGGGACACCUUGAACGAGAGCAGGGACCCGGACAGGCCCCCGGAGAGGUACACGUCCAGGUACUACCUCAAAUUCACCUUCCUGGAGCAAGCCUUUGACAAACUGGCCGAUGCCGGCUUCCACAUGGUGGCCUGCAACUCCACGGGCACCUGUGCCUUCGCCCACGAGCAGACGGACGACAGGAUCUGGACCUCUUACACCGAAUAUGUUUUCUAUCGUGAGUGACACAAAACCAACCCUCCGCCAACCAACCGCUGACUGUCCCUUUCCUGUCCCGUGCUGGCUGUGGCCUAGAAGGUAGAGAUCCAUCCCCGAAUCCUGGCGUCCUCCCUUUGCCUCCUUUUCAGUUGGUUCUUGGGUUUUUUCCCCUCCUCCUUGCUCCACGUUGAACCUGCCCAGCUCUUCCUUGUAGCAGCUGCUGACCACCAACCUUCCUCCCUCUCCGUGACCUCUGCAGUGGCUCCCAACCCUCCCUGGAUGUGCGGACUCGGACACUGCUGUGGACGUGGGCUGGGUGGGAGGGGUGGGACACACUGGACACUGCUCUGGGAUGCCAUUCCUGCAGCUGGAUGGGCUCGGACACUGGACUGGGCUCUGUGUCCCGUGCAGCUCCACAGGAUCCUGCUGCACUCACCGGGGAUUCAGAGAGGAAUCCUUGGGAUAAAAACAUGGGAAAGGUGGGAAGCAGAGCCGGGGAGGGGGUGGGGAAGUGGCAGCCUGGCAGCACGGCUGGAUUGGCAGGAGCCCUGUAAGCAGCUUAGCCUGAGGCUGGCAGCGCUUGGCAAGGGGAGAGGCUCCCCCUGUGCUCGCAGCUCUGAGCUCAGACAUCGCCGCGGCUCCGGGGUGCUCGGGAGGGA